CAACCGUGUUCUGAUUUGGGGACCUGUCGAGUGAGUUGGUGUCCAAGAGUACUAAGCAACAGGAAUAGCUGGGUUAUAACCGUAAGAGAGAAUUAUAACAAAAGUAAACAAGAAACAGCCCAAUUCUGUCUUAUUGAGAUUUACGUAACUAUUUACUAAUUAUACUAAUCACAUGAUCAGUUAAAGCAACCUAGCUGUGUAAUGAAAUACUUCACAGUUUGUAGAGUAUUUAUUAUUAUUUUAUCUUCUCGGCACAUUCUAUUAGCAGUGUUUUUACUAAUCCGUCAAGGAAAGUGGUUCCAUUUAGAAUUGUUUUGUUUCACAUUCUUAUUCGGUCCCAUUUGAUAUAAGCACUACUAAUUUACAUUUACAAGAUCAAGUAAUUAAAGGUACAAUAUGAAUGACCCUAAAUUUAUUCAAUACGAAGGCGAACCUGGAAUAGAUGAUUUUUGAUCUUUCGAAAUCAGUCAUUUUAUCCAUUUAUUAUACCAUUUUUCAUCUUAUAGCUUGUUUAAAAUUACAGUCAAUGUACAAAAAUAUCAUAUUAUCUAGCUGGUAACUAUCAGUUUAGUUUAUUUAAUAGCGGUUUUGAUAAUCCCUUUUAAGAAUAGUCUUUAAUGAUAUUGACUUCUCAGUAAUUGAUUUCUAUACAUAUGAGAGUUACUAAUCUAGGAUACCCAAGCAGUUUGGUCGGGACGACAUCUAAGUUAAAUCAUCUUAAAUGAUUUCUAGAACGAAAUGGCAAUAGGCUUUCGGUACGUAGUCGUAAUUUUCCUUUACGAAUAAAAUAAUUGGAUAUAUGUAUUAGCUCUGUACAGUAAAUUCAUUUAUAACUAAAAAUCAACUGCAGCUUCAUAUCCCUGCUUACUGACUUCAGGUAACAUGGUUCCAAAUAAAUUGCAAUGGUGUAGAUAUAUUCAUUGUUUAUCACCCUGUAAAUCUUGGAUUUUAUGGUUAUCUCAUAGAUUAUAUUCCUCAGUUUUGGUUCUCUUCAGACUAUAUUCUUUAUGCAUAAUUUGUUUCCUAUUGGCCGGUACUAAUGUUGUGGCUUUUUUUAGUGUUUACUUUUCCCCGCUGUAAUGUAAGAUUUGAUAGCAUAGACGAAUACACGUUGGUUUUGAGUCUUGCUUCAAAACUAACUACAUGACUACAUAAGCCAAAGUGAAUAACAGAGGUCUCGAACUUACACCUGAAUGGUUGAAAGUUAAUUGCGUCUAACACUAAACCGCCUGAAGUAAAUAGCAUGUAAAUGAUGAUUUAUUUUACAGAAGUCUCAUUUACUUAUCUCUAAAUAUCCAGAAAGUAAGUAAGUAGUGUCUACAAAGCUCCAAAACAUUUUAUCAUCCUUAAUGUACUGGCAUACUCCUUAAAUGUGAUACAUGAUGUCAUCCCUGUGUGCAACCGUUUGGCCGAAACCUAUUUCCCUAAUUCCUUGCUUGUCUUGGACUUCAGCAUCAUGCGUGUUUUUAGAGGGCAUUUUAUCGAAUACAGUAGAUUGGCCUGUGUUAACAAAACAAUAUUAUUCUGAUUCUGUAUAUUCUGAUGUAAUCCGACCUCGAAUUCAACCACCUAUUCCGGAAUUCUAUAAAACAACUGAUGAAACUUUUAAUGAUAAUUUGGGUGACAAUCUUCAAUAUUCAACCAUUUCAGUAAACUCUUUACAUUCAAAGCACUCAAAUCCUGUAAAUGUUGCUCCUUUGGCUACAUUCUCAAAACAAUUGGAUUCACAUUUACAUCCUAUUAAAAGAAAUCCUUUAAAAUCAUCAUACUCAAGUUUUCAAGUUCGUGAUCUAUUGUCUCAGUUUAUUAAUAUAUCUAAUUCAACCUCCCAGUUAUCGUCAUCCCAUUCUAAUACACACAAAUUUACUAUUGCUCAGAAGUUUCUUCCCAGCUUUAUAUACACUGGUCUUCCGAAUUCUUUGUCUACAUUUAAUUUCAAUACAGUUUUUCGUUAUCAGUGGAAUAGUUAUCGAUGGCAUAAAGAAAUUUCAUUACUUCCACGUGUUUCUUUACCAAGUGUUAGUUUUCCACGUACAGAUUUAUCACCAGAUCCGGAAGUUCGACAGUUUCUACGUGAUCUUCUAGACUAUUUUACUCAUUUAGGAAAUUUUUCUCCAGUAAUAGAUUCUCGACUUGUUCUAUCUGUUGCUGCUGAAUAUGAUGCAUAUGUUCCAAGAGGUAGUGUUUGUUCACUGAAAAAAGUAUAUCCUAAUGGUGAAAUUCGUUUUUUGCCACAAUCUGGUCAUGUUGGUGCUUAUGUGAAAAAUUCUCUUUGGACAAAUGAUUUCAGAAAAGCAAUAAGUGAUUGUUUAAAUCAACAAGUACAUUUAUAUCAUCAUGAACCUGGACCAUUUGGUCGAAUGAACACAUCUCGACUGGAGUGCCGGCUAUUUUAUUGUUUUCAGCUAAAAUUUGUAUUCUAUCUAUCAAUGUACGUAGUUCUCCUUAAAUCGGCUGGUGAUAAUGCUACUAGCAUCGGUGAUGACCCUUAUGUACAGAUAUUAAAAAACUCAGGUUUCAGCGUAGACUUACUGGAAACUCUUGAUUUCGAGUAUAACAUAUCAAAUCUAGCGGAAUACAAAAAUUGGAGGAACAAUCACAGUUGCAUUAUUUUUAGUAGCCCACGUUCCGUUAUCGCAUGUGUUAAAGCUGGACUAACAGGUAAUGAAAAUGACCUUUGUUUCGUUGUUGGUCCUAGCACUGAGUUACAAGCUAAAAAAGCUGGAUUUUCGCCUAAGGGAGCUGAUUCUGGUGAUGCGGAGAAGCUCGCUAGUUUUAUUUUGAAGCACUUUGCCUCAAAAUUGGAUAAACCUAUAUUUUUCCCAUCCGGGCAAGUACACCGCGACACACUACCGAAAGUUUUGGAAAAUGAAGGAAAAAAAGUGAAUACCGUUGUGGCCUAUUCUUCUGUAGAAAAUACUCAACUUCAUGAAAAACUGCGAUUGAAUUUAUGUGAAGGAAAUCCUAUUCCUGAAUGUUUAGUAUUUUUCAGUCCCUCUGGCGUUUCAUUGACUGAAAAAAUAUUAUUAACCGAAAUUAAACCACAUCGACCGAAUAUUAAAGUAAGUGUAUGUUUUUUCUAUGUCCUCAACUUAUUUCACUUGAGAAGGUGUCGGUGCCGUUUCUAUAUAAAGUUUCUGAACUUACAUUUUCAUCUAACCAAAAAGAUAAACUGGAGCAAGCAAAAUUACUUUUGUUCUCAUAGAAAUCUAUUCUGAUAGCAGUGAAUCUUGAAGACUUAAGGGAAGUAUUCAAAAUUCAUAACAGUUUAAGUAAUGAAUCAAUCAAAUUAUUAAGAAAUGCACAACUGUGUUAUGGAACUUCCAUAUUUCGCGAUAGAUGAUUGUUGAUUGGCUGUUGCGCGUAUGUUUGGUGCUGUUUUAUAAGGAGGAAUAUUUUUCGAGCUCAUGAAAAUAAUACAAUGAUGAACUGUCAGAAAACACGCGAACUAGAAAACUCCUGUGUUUCAUUUUGUCGUUAGAUGUAGUUUCUGCUCGGUAUUCAAGUGAUCUAGAGUGUCAUCAAACUCAGCUAUUAUAACGAUACGACCACAUAAGUUAGUGGAAAUCUUGUUCGAAUCAGUGAUCUCAAGAUUACUAAGCGAGCCAGGAUUUGUGAUCGCCUUUUACUCUCCGGUCUUAUAUCAUAAUAAUGAUAAGAAGGCGACUGCAGUCCAGCUUCUUUUCGCCUUCACUACCAUUUCAGCUUUGGUUCACUAAUUUAGGUAUGCGAAUAAUACUAUAAAUAGUUUUAAGUAGACAUAACUUAUCAUAAGAUAUAGGUAUAUGUGGUCAACCGAACUACACUUGAUGUAUACAGCUCAGGCUUAAUGUCCAGCUGAUAAAAAACGUAGUUGUGAAAGAAUCAAAUGUGACGAUCGUUAAAAAUAUAGUAAUUAUAGCCCUAAACUUCGUUCCAUAGGCCUCGUCCAUAAACUUCCCUGUGCUCGCUUAGACUUAUACGGUCAAGUAGUCCUAUUAAACGUCACACUAAAAGAGUAUACUAUAACAUUAUACAAAAUUACAUCAGUUAGGACUUGGUCAUUAUCUGAUAUUAAUGCAUAUUGAUCUAGGUUGUCCUAGAAAUUGUAUAUGACCUCCAAUAAAUUGUAUGAUUCUAUGUAAAAGUUUUAAAUUUCAUCUGGUUUUAUUAAUAAUUACUUAUUUUGCCCUGACUUUCUCUGUCAAUCAGUUGGUUGCUAUGGGACGCGCAACAGCAACACAAUUAAAAGAAUUAGGUUUGACUGUUUCAGCGGUUGCCUCAUCACCUAAACCGGAAAGUCUACUAACAGCACUAAAGCAGUUAAAAUGAUGUUUAUAGUCAUCAGUAAAGAAACUUUUUAUCUUUUCAAAUCCUAACUCUUUGUUGCUUUUAAUAUUCUUUGACUUAUUUGUAUUUAUUUAUUCCCAAUCAUUUCCAAUACCAAGGAAAUUUUAUUGCCUUUUGGGGAUAGUACAGGUAGUAGACACUAUUUAUUCAAGCUGCAUUGAUUAUGUUUUUUUUCUUCAAAGAAUAUAUUUAUGUGCUUUUUUUAUUUUACAAAAAUUGUGCCUUGUUUACUUAUUUAUAUCUUUAUUUGUAAUUUGUGAAUUAUACAAUCUAUUUAUUUGUGUAAACUAAUAAUGAGCUCAAUUCUAUGGAUUGUUGAUAUUAUUUUUUAUGCAAUGCAUUUGAAAUUAUUAUUUUAAAUAAAUUUAAUGUUCUACAGAAUAU